AGCAGCGUGACUAAGAUGUGUGUUGAUGCUGCUUUUGUGUUUUCCCAUCUGUCAGAGCAGCAGGAUGUCGGUGAAUCCUCCCAACAGUAAUGACGCCUGCCUCAGUAUCGUGCACAGUCUCAUGUGCCACAGGCAGGGUGGCGAGAACGAGGGCUUCGCAAAGCGCGCCAUUGAGAGCCUGGUGAAGAAACUCAAGGAGAAGAAGGACGAGCUGGACUCUCUCAUCACUGCCAUAACCACCAAUGGGGUGCACCCUAGCAAGUGCGUGACCAUCCAGAGGACACUGGACGGACGCCUACAGGUUGCGGGCCGUAAAGGUUUUCCUCAUGUAAUCUAUGCCCGGUUGUGGCGCUGGCCAGAUCUUCACAAGAAUGAGCUAAAACAUGUGAAAUUCUGCCAGUAUGCAUUUGACCUCAAAUAUGAUAACGUUUGUGUCAACCCAUACCAUUACGAGAGAGUGGUGUCACAGGGCAUCGUUGGUCUCAGUCUUCAAAACACAGGUCCCUCUGGCAGGCUGAUAAAGGAAGAAUACAGCCAUGACUGCAUUCAGAUGGAUGUUCCGCCAGUCCUGCCUCCCCAGCAGGAUCAUCAGGGGGUGAUGAAGCUCCCUCCACCAGACCACUACGGCCAACCACUGCCACCAAUACAACUGCCUUCAGAACCCACCCGCGCACCCCCACCAGUCACCCUUUACUCCAAUAUGCCAAUAUCCCCCACUGCUUCAGGCUCUAUGAUGCCAAUGCAGGGAGGUCAUGUUGAAGGCCUUCUACAGAUUGCGUCUCCUCAGGUUCAGGUCAUAACCCCUACCCCUCCCCCCUCCACCCCCACACAUGGACCACCACAGACCCCCGUCCCACCCCAGCCUCCACCCAACCAGAAUGGCUACAAUAGCUCUAAACACUUGCAGACCUCCUCCUUUCACACAACGUGGACAGGCAGCAGUACAGCCUCCUACACUCCUGUAGGACCUCAGCAGAAUGGCCGUGGCCACCAGCCUCCUCUUCAUCACCCCCACUAUUGGUCUCAGCAUCACAAUUCGGCAUCUUUCCCCCCUCCAGUCUCCAAUCAUCCAGGUCCUGAAUUCUGGUGUUCCAUCUCAUACUUUGAGAUGGAUGUGCAGGUGGGAGAGAUGUUUAAAGUGCUGUCCAGCUGUCCGGUUGUGACGAUUGACGGGUAUGUGGACCCCUCAGGAGGUGACCGCUUCUGCCUGGGUCAGCUUAGUAAUGUGCACCGCACAGACGCUAGUGAGCGGGCCAGGUUGCACAUAGGUAAAGGCGUGCAGCUAGAGUGUCGUGGAGAAGGAGACGUCUGGAUGCGCUGCAUGAGCGAUCAUGCCGUCUUUGUGCAGAGUUACUACCUGGACAGAGAGGCGGGCCGAGCGCCAGGAGACGCCGUACACAAAAUCUACCCAGGAGCCUACAUUAAGGUGUUUGACCUCAGGCAGUGUCACAGGCAGAUGCAACAGCAGGCAGCCACAGCGCAGGCAGCAGCAGCAGCGCAGGCGGCCGCAGUGGCAGGAAAUAUUCCAGGACCGGGAAGUGUUGGUGGAAUCGCCCCUGCAGUCAGUCUCUCAGCGGCAGCCGGUAUUGGUGUGGAUGACCUUAGGAGACUGUGUAUUCUGCGUCUGAGCUUUGUAAAGGGCUGGGGGCCUGACUACCCUCGCCAGAGUAUCAAACACACGCCCUGCUGGGUGGAGGUCCAUUUGCACCGUGCGCUGCAGCUGCUGGAUGAGGUGCUGCACACUAUGCCUCUAGCAGACCCUGGACCUGCUAACUGAACAAUACACACUCAGUAAACACACACUGUACUCACUACAGUAAGCGUGCAAACCGCAUU